AGGCGUCGGAAACUGGGGCUAAGGCCCGUGGACUUUGGGGAUGAAGACGACGAACGAGUCGUCCCCGAAGGCAAGCGCGUGAUUGGAAGUGUGGGUGGUAUUGAGGCCCUGGCGGGAGGUUUCAUCGGCGACGUGCCGACGGAGAUGCUCAUCGACACGGGCGCGAUCGCGAGUCUGGUGGACAAGAAGGUGCUCAAGUGGCUCGGGCGUUCUGCCGAGACGUUGAGACCAUACACGGGCGGACUGGACAGUGUCACGGGGCACGAGGUCCAGAUCAAGGGCGUGAUCGACCUGCCCGUGACACUUGGCUCCCUGGAGAAGUUGUUGCCGUUCGCGUUGUUCCGUGCCGUGAUCGACAUGGAAGCGCAGACGAUGACGCUCAAGGAUACGGACGAGGUGAUCCCGUUGGGCGAAACUCGCGUGGAGGAGUCGUACUCCGCGAGUGUUGCGGCGACCGUGCGUCUCGAGCCCGGCUCGCAGACGUUGGUACGAUCGAGGGUGCGCGGCGGCGCCAGGCAGGGCUCCGUCGUGCUCGUCGAAGGACUCGCUGGCGGUGAGGCGUCUCUGCGAGUUGCCAGGGCGCUGUGCACGGUGCAUCAAGAGCAAGUCCUG